AUGAAUUUCGACAAGAGUUGCCCUGUUCCAAUUCCUCCGCUUUUAAAUGAUCCAGAAAUAGAACUAUACACUGAUGAGCCUGUGUUUGAUCCCGAUAUUCAUUUGUCAAUGACUGAACCCGACUUUAUCGUAUUACGCGAUGGCUUUCAACAUGUGCCCAAAGCACCACAACUUUGUCAACCUGUUGCGACCAAUGGCGACAGUCAAUUGGCUUAUACUGGUCCAUUUCGAUUGUUAAGUGAUGAAGGCUAUCGAGUUUUACGUAUGAUUCUUGAACGAGAAAUGGCUCAUCGACAAUGUGAUGAUCGUCAUCCGGCUAUGAUUCGAUUGAGUGGAUAUCGUAGUAAAUGGAUACAAGAUUUCAAUCGAUGUCCACGCAUACUCGAACAUUUAUCAAAUCUUACUGGGGAUAUACGUCUUUUGCCGACCACUCUUCAAUCAAGCUACAGCCAUGUCAAUAUAGGUUACGCAGGUGGACCCAACAUUGAUUCGUAUCAUUGUGAUAGUGUACCGUACGUUCUAAUCCUCUUAGCUUGUGACAUGGCCAAUACAGUCGGAGGUGAAUUACAACUGAUCGAACGUGAUCCUAAAGAUGCUCUAAAUCUUAUUGAGCAAUACAAAGGUCAAGUGCCAAACGAAUACAUUCGAACUAUUGAUUACCUCGGUCAAAAUUCUUGCGUGUUCAUGCAAGGAAGUCGUAUUGUACACCGAGUAAAAGGCAUUCAUUCUUGUACCGAACCACGUAUCACGGUGGUCAAUUCAUACAUGUCAACGAAUCCGUUCGCUGCUGAAUCGACACGCUACGAUACAUUUCGUCACGAGAAACCAGCUGCAUUAGAAUAUACCCUUCAUAAGACAUGGCGUGCCAAUGCGAAAAUACUAGAUCUUGCUGUAGGCGGUCAUGGAUGGCCAACCAAUGAUCAAGUCAUUGAACGUUUAUCAAUGGCCAUUGAUGAACUUAGUCAAUGUCGUGAUAUACUAACGAAUACAACAUCGGACAAAAUUGGUUACUAUGAUGAAAAGAAGCAGAAAAUGGCUUACUAUGACACGCCUGCAGUUGCAUUGAAAGAUACUGAAAACUAA